AUAACAUCCAGCUCAUCGUUCCCAACUCCCCCAGCUUUCUCCCUAUCACGACCCGCACACAAAAUGUCCGUCCUCACCCUCGCCCGCACCGCCGCACGCGCAUCGCGCACGCUGCCAUCAGGCGCUCUCGCGCUCUCCUCGCAGGCCAAGUCGCUGCACACACUGCCCGAGCUUCCAUACGCGUACGACGCGCUCGAGCCGCACAUCUCGGGUCAGAUCAUGAAGCUGCACCACCAGAAGCACCACCAGGCGUACGUCAACGGCCUCAACGCGGCCGAGGAGAGCUACCUGAAGGCUCCCAACCCCAAAGAGCGUAUCAGGCUCCAACCAGCGCUCAAAUUCAACGGCGGAGGACACAUCAACCACUCGCUUUUUUGGAAGAACCUUGCGCCAGGUUCGCAGGGCGGAGGCCAGCUCUCUGCUGGUCCUUUCAAGGACGCGAUUCAGGCCGACUUUGGUGGUCUUGAUGCCUUGAAGCAGAAGUUGAACGCAGCCACCGCCGCUAUCCAGGGCUCCGGCUGGGGCUGGCUCGGCUACAACCCGGACACCAAGAAGCUUGAGGUCGUUACCACAGCCAACCAAGAUCCAUUGCUCUCGCACAUCCCGAUUAUUGGUAUCGAUAUUUGGGAGCACGCGUUUUACCUCCAGUAUUACAACGUGAAGGCCGACUACCUCAAGGCGAUCUGGAACGUCAUUAACUUUAAGGAAGCGGAGGCGCGCUACGUCGAGGCGGCCAAGCAGUGAAUGUGCGGACUGUGGGAGGGGGUUGCGUUGCGUUGCGUUGGAGAAAAACAAUCGGACGAAUGUAGUAGCCAUGGCUGUCGUCGCACUUGUACAUUAUGCACUGCUUAUGUUGAGGCAUUUAAAGCUGUAACCGCAUCUAGCAUCAGUUCACUCCAUUUCUUCCGGAUGGUACCUCC